AUGCGGGGUAAAGGAGCAGGAUGCGAAAAGGAAAUCGAGGUCAAACAGAGAGGUGGCAGAGUUGCAUUCAUGCUUACAAAGUUCCAGAACUGUGUUGCUCCUCAGGAUGAAGGGGUGAGCGGCCAGCUGCAAGCCGUAAACCAUGUCUAUACAACGUAUGGGAUAUAUGUAUACGUGUAUGGUGACAGCGAACAAUCUCGUAUCCCGUAUCAUGUUCAGUACCGCCAUGAUCAGCCGCUUGUCAAUAAUGCAUCGCCAGGGGAGAUGCAAAUGCAAUGCUCGGAUAUGCUUGUCCAGGCUGGCGAACAACGAGGAUCUGCAGAGGAACGAACACCUUACAGAGGAGAAGCUGGACGAUGCAACGAGAAAUUAAACACCGAAGUCGACCCGAUUCCCGGUUGA